CGCAGCAACAUAACACUGGCGACGAGGGUGGGACUGAAGGAGACCGCCGCAAUAGGAAGCUAGCUCCUGUCCGUACUCGUUCACAAUGACGGCCACCACAACGGAGGGGCUCGAGCCUUUCGACAUCACCCACCCUGAAGAGUGGGAGGACUAUGCAGAACGUUUCCAGUUCUUCCUCGAGGCGCAGGACGUUACGGACGCCAGCAAGAAGAGAUCGAUAUUCCUCAGCCGCUGCGGUCCCGCCACUUUUCAAUUAGCCAGGGCGCUCGUAGCACCGGCCCAGCUGAAGGAUACACCGUUCGAAACAAUCCUCGCCGUUCUGCGUGACCACCUAGCGCCGAAACCACCGGAGCUUGCCAGACGAUAUGAAUUCCAUCGCCGCGACCAGGCACCAAGUGAGUCUGCCGCCGCCUACCUCGCUGCUCUUCGAACGACGGCACAGCACUGCAACUUCAACGACCUCGACACCGUGCUACGGGAUCGAUUCGUGUUCGGACUGCAGAACGACACGGUGAAGCGGCGACUACUGGCGAAAAAAGAGGUGUCUUUCACUAGUGCUGUCGAGGAAGCAGUCGCCGCUGAGGCCAUUGCCCGGGAAGCCAGCCUAGCCUCGUUUCAAACCACCAACGCGCCACGUUUCGAGCCCGUGCAUCAAGGGACGACGACGGGCGAUGAUGGCGAGCAAGACACCGCCGAGGAUGUUCUUCGGUUACGUGCGAGCCUCACUCAGCGACGGGACACCGAGAGAUUGGUGGGCGGCCCCUGCGCCAGCUGUGGAGGCCCGCACGAACGCCGCCUGUGUCGGUUCCGUGGUGCCCAGUGCAGGGAAUGUGGAAAAACCGGUCAUAUUGCUAAGGUCUGCCGGUCCCGGAGGCAGCUUAGCCCACGUCGAAAUGCCAAAGAUCAAGCCCGGAUGCAACAAUUCAAGACCGCUCCUCGCACAAACAUUUCAUACUGCGACGACUUGGCAGUUACUGCUAUCAACGAAGUGUCUAAACCCGCCAAGAGGAAGAUACAUGUGAGUGUAAAAAUCGAAGGCACACAGUGUCAGAUGGAGGUGGAUUCGGGAUCAACUUUUUCCAUUAUCUCCGACGCCACAGCCAGACGCAUUUUUCCAAAGGGGCGUGUCAGAAACCUACAGCCACUUGAUGUUGUCAUGAGGGACUAUCAAGCAAACCGUAUCGCUGUACGAGGAGUUGGUACCGUCCGAGUGCAGUUCAAAGAUUUUGACGGCCCAUUGCGCCUGGUCAUUGUCAAGGGCGAGCGCCCAAGUCUUCUCGGGCUGGAUUGGUUUCCGGCACUCGGUAUCAAUAUCACGGGAGUGCAACGCAUCGAUCAGCAACCAUCCUCACUUGAUAGCAUAUUCCGGGAUUUUGCCUCUGUGUUCGACGGGACGCUAGGCUGCUACAAGGGACCGCCCGUUCAGUUUGCACUUGACCCUGAGGUUGUGCCUAUCCGCCUGAAAGCAAGAAGGGUUCCUUUCGCACUGCGACCGAAAAUCGACGCCGAACUGGACAAGCUGAUAACACAAGGAAUCCUAGAGCCGGUUGACCACGCUCGUUGGGAAACCCCUAUUGUUACGCCACUGAAGGCAAAUGGGGACGUCCGCAUCUGUGCAGACUACAAGUGCACCAUCAACAAAGCCUUGCAGCAGCACUCGUAUCCGGUACCAGCUGUCAACCACCUGCUGGCAUCCCUCUCUGGUGGAACUGUCUUUGCGAAGCUAGACUUAGCACAGGCCUACCAACAGCUCCCAGUGACUGAUGAAUCUGCAGAGGCGCAGACCAUUGUGACGCAUCGGGGUGCUUUCCGCGUUCGACGAUUACAGUUCGGUGUCAGCGUCGCACCUGGCAUCUUUCAGAGUUUAAUGGAGAACCUAUUGCGCGGACUACCAGGCGUCAUUCCAUAUUUUGAUGAUGUCCUCAUUUCAGGUGCAUCGCACCAAGAACUACUUAGUCGCCUUCGAGAGGUCCUUCAGCGGUUCCAAGAUGCAGGGCUUAAGGUCCCCUGGCUGUGGGGAAACCUACAACAAACUGCGUUCGACAAUGUGAAGAAGCUACUGGCAUCCAACCAUGUGCUGACACACUUCGACGAGAAGAAGCCGGUGAUCCUUGCAUGCGAUGCGUCCCCGUACGGAAUAGGAGCAGUGUUGAGUCACAGAAUGCCGGAUGACACGGAAGCACCAAUCGCUUUUUAUUCAAGAACCUUGUCCUCUACGGAGCGUAAUUACGCCCAGAUUGAUAAGGAGGCACUCGCUGUGGUUGCCGGAGUAAAGAAGUUCCAUGACUACGUAUUCGGCCGCCCAUUUGAGAUCCAUACAGACCACAAGCCGCUCCUGGGGCUCUUCACAUCAGACCGGCAAACGCCACAGAUGCUUUCACCACGAAUGUUGCGUUGGUCCAUUUUUCUUAAUGGGUCAGCAUACUCUCCAGGAAAACAGUUAGGCCACGCAGAUGGUCUCAGCAGACUGCCUCAAGCGGACCAGUGCCAGGAUGACCCUUCGCCAGCAGAGGUCGUCAUGCUUCUGGACGUACUUCCAGAAUCUCCAGUCCAUGCAGACGAUGUAGCUAAGUACUCCGCCAAGGAUGCUAUCCUCUCCCGGGUCCUCAACUGGGUGUGGAAGGGGUGGCCAAGGUGCGCUCCGAGUUCCGAGUUCACACCUUUCAUGUCCAGGCAACAUGAACUGUCCGCCCACAAGGGAUGCUUACUGUGGGGUGACCGUGUGGUGAUUCCACAGAAGUUGCGUUUCCGGGUCCUCGAAGCUCUGCAUGUCGGACACCCUGGCAUCGUCAGAAUGAAAGCGCUUGCCCGCAGUUAUGUAUGGUGGCCCGGCAUGGAUGCGGCCAUUGAGGAAUGGGUCCGGCGAUGUUUUCCUUGCCAGGAAACACGGCCCGAGAUGCCUCGGGCACCUGUGCACCCAUGGGAGACGACCCGGACACCAUGGUCACGCCUGCACAUUGAUUUAGCUGGUCCCUUCCAAGGACAGACCUUCUUGAUUGUGGUGGACUCUUAUUCCAAAUGGCUGGAGGUCAUACUAAUGUCGUCAAUGACAUCGAGUGCUGUAAUCACUACCUUACAAAGAUUGUUCGCAACUCAUGGCCUGCCAGAUACCCUUGUUUCAGACAGCGGCCCGCAAUUCACAUCCACAGAAUUUCGAGGGUUCCUGGAUGCCAACCUCAUCCGCCAAGUGACAUCUGCACCGUUCCAUCCAUCCACGAACGGGCAGGCCGAAAGGAUGGUACGGACCACCAAAGAGGCAUUAGCUCGAAUAAUCCGAGGGAGCUGGGCAAAGCGCUUGGUAGACUUCACUCUACAGCAGCAUGUAACUCCGCACACAGUCACGGGGCGCGCCCCGUGCGAGUUGUUGAUGGGCCGCCGACUGUCUAGCUAUCAUGCUGGAUCGGCUGCAUCCAGACCGGGCCCCUGACAAGUCCUCCCGGUUGGCAGAAGUUCUGCCGACACCACGCAUAUUCCAGCCCGACGACCCUGUAUUUGCACGUAACUACGGCCAGGGCCCACCAUGGGUAUCUGCUGUGAUUUCCAGAGCAACUGGACCGAUCUCUUAUGAGGUUGCUCUUCCGGAUGGUCGUGUGUGUCGCCGGCACGUGGACCAGCUUCGUCGGCGGAGCAGCAUUCCCAUGAGGUUAGCCGAAACUGUACCUGAAGGACAGCCUGAGGUUCAGCCUUCGUCAAGCCCUUCACCUGGCGGAAUGAGCAGCAGCAAGACACCAGAUCCCAGUGAAACCGAGGAGCACCCGACAGCCAUGCUACCUCCCAAGGCGCAACCAACAGUCGUGCUUCCUUCGGACGACAUAGCAGCACCUCAGCCAGCACCAACAGAGCAAAGUGUAGAAUUGCCGGGCCCACGCCGUUCGCAGCGCUCCCGGAAGACACCACAACAUCUUCGGGACUUUGUGCUGGCAUUGGCUGACUGUUGAGUACCAACUAAGGGGGAAGGAGUGUUGUGUACUGAUUCUGGCCGCUGAGUUCAGCGGAUGACGUAUCUGCAUCAGUUAACCCCUGUGUUGAAGAGCGCCCUCUCCCGGCCUCAAGAAUGUAUAUAUUGUAGCAGUUAUCAAGUUCCCACUGUUCU